GCCGCCCGGUAGCUGCCGGGAGGGCGAUGCUCGUUGUCACUUUCCCUCUCCCCCUUCGCACCGCCCCCUGCCCUCCCCCCGCGCCCCGCGGCGGCCGUGCCCCGUCUCUCGGCGCCGCGCUGCGCAGCGCGCUCCCCAACGGCAACAGCCAGCGCCGCGCCGCCGCCCGCGUCUGCCCGCCCGCCGCCUUCCCCGGCAUGGCCAGGCGCUGAGGGGCGCCCCGCCGCCCCGCCCCGGCUCGGCUCGGCACGGCACGGCUCUGCCCCGCCGAGGGGCUUGGCGCCCAGCCGUCCGCUCUCCUCGCCAAUGGUCCAGAGCGACAUGUCCAAAUCGCCUCCCAGCCCGGCGCAGGAGGUGCAGAUGGAGCUGCUGGAUAAUCCCCUCCCCGCGGCAGCGCAGUCUUACGGUAAAGGGGCAAGAAGAAAAAACCGAUUCAAAGGAUCAGAUGGGAGUACAUCUUCUGACACUACCUCGAACAGUUUCGUACGCCAGGGUUCGGCGGACUCCUACACCAGCCGUCCAUCUGAUUCAGAUGUAUCUCUGGAAGAAGACAGGGAAGCAGUGCGGAGAGAGGCAGAGCGACAGGCCCAGGCACAGCUGGAAAAAGCAAAGACAAAACCAGUUGCAUUUGCAGUUCGAACAAAUGUUGGGUACAGUGCAGCUCACGAUGAUGAUGUUCCAGUCCCAGGCAUGGCCAUCUCAUUUGAGGCUAAAGAUUUUCUUCAUGUUAAAGAAAAAUUUAAUAAUGACUGGUGGAUAGGACGGUUGGUAAAAGAAGGCUGUGAAAUAGGAUUCAUACCAAGCCCAGUCAAACUAGAAAACAUGAGGCUGCAGCAUGAACAAAAGGCAAAACAAGGAAAAUUCUACUCCAGUAAAUCAGGAGGAAACUCUUCAUCCAGUUUGGGUGACAUCGUUCCUAGUUCCAGAAAAUCGACGCCUCCAUCAUCUGCUAUAGACAUAGAUGCCACUGGCUUAGAUGCAGAAGAAAAUGAUAUUCCAGCAAACCAUCGCUCCCCCAAACCCAGUGCAAACAGUGUAACAUCACCCCACUCCAAAGAGAAAAGAAUGCCCUUCUUUAAGAAGACAGAGCACAUCCCUCCCUAUGAUGUAGUGCCUUCUAUGCGACCAGUAGUUUUAGUGGGACCUUCUCUGAAAGGAUAUGAGGUAACAGAUAUGAUGCAAAAAGCAUUGUUUGAUUUUUUAAAACAUAGAUUCGAAGGGCGUAUAUCAAUUACACGAGUCACAGCAGACAUCUCGCUUGCCAAACGCUCAGUAUUAAACAAUCCCAGUAAGCAUGCGAUAAUAGAGCGAUCUAACACAAGAUCAAGCUUAGCUGAAGUUCAAAGUGAAAUUGAACGGAUUUUUGAGUUAGCAAGGACACUGCAGUUGGUAGUGCUCGAUGCUGAUACCAUUAACCACCCAGCUCAACUAAGCAAAACCUCUCUGGCUCCCAUUAUAGUAUACGUAAAGAUUUCUUCUCCUAAGGUUUUACAGAGGCUAAUAAAAUCUCGAGGGAAAUCUCAGGCCAAACACCUUAAUGUUCAGAUGGUGGCAGCUGAUAAACUGGCACAGUGUCCUCCCGAAAUGUUCGAUGUAAUUCUUGACGAGAACCAGCUUGAAGAUGCUUGUGAGCACCUUGCUGACUAUCUGGAAGCCUACUGGAAGGCCACACAUCCACCUAGCAGCAAUCCUCCUAACCAGCUUCUCACUCGCACACUUGCAACAGCCACUCUUCCUAUUAGCCCAGGUCCAAAUAUUAAUUUACAGAGCUGAAACACCCUGAAAAAAAUUGUGAGCUGGAAGAAUUUCUGAGUAUGAAAUUCAGUAUUGUUGUGUGUAGACUUGCUACCUAAACUUUCUUUGCUUUGUAGACUUGUUUAUUAUUUUGUUCAAGUUUUUCUAUGCCUUUUGGGUAUGGAUUUAUUAUUCACUUACUCAUUUUGUUAACCACAUUCUCUAGUGGAACUAUACAGAGUUCUAAUAACACUUUUCUGAAUGUUAUGCUGUGUCCUUACAAAUUAACAUAUUUUAAGGACUAAAAAUGCAAAUGUAUUUGCAGUUUCACAGUUUGUUUGUAGAUCUACUAAUCCAAAAAUGUGAUGCAGCACGAGUCCCUUAUGGGACAUAGAACUUCUAUGUUCCUUUUGUUUCAUUUUCCUAUGAUACAUUUUCAGCUGACAUCUCAAACCUGAGCCUGUCAUGGUCUUGGCAUAGAGUGGGUUUAUUUUCUAAUCGUGGCUAAACCCAUUCUCAUAAUAGUGUUAAGACCCUCUAUUUGGAGAAUUUAAACUCAAUGCACUAUUUUUGUGGACUGCUCUGCAAAGAACUGUGCCACCAAGCAUUUGGCCUGGAGGAGCCAAAUCCGUGCUGCAAAGCAUUCAAGUCAUUCUCCCCCAGGUCCAAUGCAGCACGCCUUUGCCAUGAGACUUAAUUGGGUUUUGUAGAUUUUCAGUCCCGACUGUACAUUGUAAUGGGAGAUUUGUGUUGCCAGCUGCCAGAGCGGUAUUUUUAUAGCAUGAUGCUGACUGUGUGCAUUGCAUGGCACAAGGUGCUUGAAGGUGUGAGGCCUCCUGGGGCUGUUUGGAAUUAAGUCAGUGAAGACCAUACACCUCCUGUCUGUCUGGUGGAGAGCUUUGAGGCAAACUGUCCUGACAACUGUUCUCAGGUUUCCUCUUCUAGGGAAAUAGUUGGUUAAUUCCAGAAAGAAGACUGGAGCAACCUUACACACAUAUGGUACAGGUGAUUAGGGACCACUGCAUGGAAAUAGGGAGGAAGCCAACUUGACUCCGUGGACACAGACCUCUCUCCUCUUUCAACACUGCUUAAACUCUUUCCAAGAACCUCUGCUUCUUUGAAAUUGCUACCCAAAUAAUGAAAUGAGCUUGUUUCAAACUUCCUCCAUUUUAGGCAAAAACCUUAUGAGAUAAGGCCGUAAAAUCCCAUUGCUGAAUCUAAUCCAAAUCAGAGCCUUAAUUUGGUUAUCAAUCAACCAAAAAGCCAGACCCUAACCCAGAUUCAAACAUUACCUGCUCAGUGUCCCUGUAAUAUUUAGGGAAAGUUAGUGUCAAUGAAUUUUCUUAUAAAGCACAACAGCCCUAACGCUGUUCUGAAAUUGCAGGUAUUGUAUCUAAAUUUAUUCAUUGUGCUACUCCACACAUACUCAUCAUAGCAAAGAAGAUGCAUCUGAAUUUGUAAAAGUAGUGUUUUGUUCGAAGCAAGUUCAAAUUUUGCAUUUGUUCUCAAACCACAGCAAUGAUGGAUUUAUUAGUCAUGAUUAUAUAUAUAUAGGUACAUACAUAUUUGGCAUUUGAUCAUAUGAGAAUUGAAGGGUUUCACAUCUGUACCCAGUUUAUGUGCCUUAAAAACAGUCAUGGUUGUGAACUAAUAGAAGUGUGUUUACACAUCCAAAGCAGGAAUUGCUUUAGACUCUAGCUUUUCACUUGAUUUCAUUUAUAAUUCACCUCCGUUGAGUCAUUCCUGUUCACUUUGAACACAUCUAUUCAUGUUUACAGUUACUACAUCCCUUUUCUGGCAAAUCAUAAUCAUCUUGAGAAUCAUAAAAACAAGAAGAAAAAAGAAAUUGGACCGCUGUUUCGGUUACCUUGUUCUCAUCUAUACCAUUUGUUUCGAAUUAGGAACACAUGGAGCAGCCCAGCUAGUUGCUGGGAAGUUUACAGAACAAAAUGUUGUCUUAGAAAAUGAAGAUUCGUCAAAUUAUAGAAUUGCUGGUUUGAAAUAUGUUACUUUUUGUAAGUUUCUGAUAAAAUACAAAUUUGUUCCUGUCCAAUUUCUGUAAUUUUACUUUUUGGGUUGCUAGGAAACCCACCUGCAGGAUCUGUGGCUGAAGGACAAAAUUUCCUCCUUCCCCUAGCUUUUUUCCACAAAAUAGAUGGAAAGAAGAUAUGUCCAUGAGCUGCCCCAGAGGCAAUCCUUAUUUUUAGACAACUCUAAACAUAGGAGGGCAAACUUCAGACUAACUUUGGUAAAUUCAGAACAGUCUCACAAACAAAUGCUUGUAUAAUUCUGUGAAAACCUACUUGAAUUUUGUGCCAAUAGAGAUGAUUUUGUCUUGAUGUUCUUCACUUCAUGUGAGAAAGAUCAUUCAAUUUCAUUAUAAACUAUUUCUUAAAAUUUUGAAAUUGAACUUGAAAAGUCUUUGGCUGUGGGUUGGGAACAAAAGCAGGUUAAUGCAAUCAAACCCCCAAAUGACUUAAAUAAUGCCACUUGUUCGUUUUGCAGUGAUUUCAAAGCAUUAUGCUGGUGAAGAGUUUGUUAUUAUCUGGUAAUUUUUAUUUCAGUCUUUUAAUAGUAGUGAUGUGUUAGGAAAUUCUAUAGGUGAUAAUAUCACUUGCUUGCUGCUUUUAAUGGCAGUGGUCUGUAUUCUUGAGCUCUUAAAAUUGUGAGGUGAAAGUUUAAUUUUUCAUUACCAUGAAGAAACAGAUUUAUUGCUGAGAAAAACAGAAGGUCAGUGAUACUUGUAGUAUCAUAAUACAAACUUAUUCAUACCAGAUUCAGUUGCAUUUUUUUCUAAAAAAAAAAAAAAAGCUAUCCUAAAAGAGCUGAGGUUUUAUACUUCAAUUGUCUGCUGGAAGCCACCUCCUCAGCCCUCUAAAAUCACUUUCUCAUAGUGGCUGUUUUCAAGCAGGCAUCUGUAAACUCUCAACUGAUACCUGCCCUUUUCUGGCAUGAUAUGUCCUCUUUAAUUUUUCUGCAGUCUGUCCUGCUUCUGCAUGCUUUUUGUCUGGAGUGUGGUAGGCAAAUAUUGCUAACUGGAAUAGUCAGAAACAUCACAAGAGACAAGAACGUGUCAUAGAAUAACCCAAGUACCACCUUCCAUUCUGAUGAAAGGAAAUGUUUGUAUUAUAAUACUGCAUCUUCAGUAAAACUUGAAUUCUGGUUUAAUUUUAUUUUCUAGUUUAGAUUCGAAGUGGAUUAUUGUGUACUUCAAUUUUAUUGGUUUUGUGAUCCUUUCUAGCUGAAUUUGAUAUUGGGGAAAGUUUUUAAAUGUGUACUGCAUAUAUGUGAACUUACUGCUGGUUGUGAUAGCAGGGAUCUCAAGGAGACCAGAGGAAUGACCAUUCAGUCCCUGAACGCAGCAGUUCACAAAUCGAAGAGGAGGCACGGGUUGAGCCCAUCAAGAAGUCCCAGCAUCGCUCUUCCUCAAGCCAACACCACAACCAUCGCAGUGGUGUUAGAGGCCUUUCUAGGCAAGAAACUUUUGACUCAGAAACACAAGACAGCAGAGAUUCGGCUUACGUAGAGCCAAAGGAGGACUACUCACAUGAGCACGGUGACCACUAUGAUUCUCACAGGGAUCACAAUCAUAGAGACGAGUCUCACGGGAGCAGUGAUCACAGACAUAGAGAAUCAAGGCAUCGCUCAAAGGAGAGGGACCGCGAGCAGGACCACAAUGAAUGCAACAAACAGCGUAGUCGGCAUAAAUCAAGGGACCAAUAUUGUGACAAGGAUGGGGAAGUGAUAUCGAAGAAGCGUAACGACACAGGAGAAUGGAACAGGGAUGUUUACAUCCGUCAGUAACUUUUGCCUCCGGCAGUCUUGUGUUUCUUUGAAGUCUUGUAACGAUACCCCUUGAAAAUAUCUUUGGGUUCCUCAUUGCAGAACAUAUGGUAUCCUUCUGUAUGCUGAUUUGUAUUGCUGUUGCUUGCAUAGCAAUAGCAUGAAAUAGAAUAUUCAUAUACUUAUUUUUUUGGUUAGUGCUAUAUGAAUUAGUGUAGUACAACUGAAGCAUUCCUGAUGUUGUACUAUGCCAUUUUCAAGCUGUUUUUUGGUAGCUGCCACUUGAACAAUAUCUGUUGCCAUCAAGGUGUUGUUAGUGUUUUUUAAAAAAAGGUACAUUUGAUGUUUAAUGACUUCCCGUGUAUUCAGCAAGCCAGAAUCAGCACAUAAAAAAAAAAUCUAAAACUUUUUGUCUGCUCUGGUUUUUAAUUUGUAUGCACUUGAUUUGCAUAUUGAUUUAAGAGCCCCUCUCUGUUGCUUGUACCUCUGGUGGACUCCAUUCGAAGACAGAAUUCAGUCUUGCCUUACACGCAGGGGGAUCAUAAGUCAAAAUCUAUUUUCUAUGUACUGGUACUGUGUACUGUAUAUACAGUUUAUAAAUGUUAUUUCUUGCAGACACCUUCUUACUAUAUGCGUUUGAUCACACUGUUUUAGAGUCCUAAUGCCAAGUCAGCAGAUUUGCUUUUGAAUUACUGGCAACUGGAACUAGCCUCAUUUAGGAAAUCUGUAACAGUGUUCAAUCUAAAUACUACUUCUUCUGUAGCAGAAAGCUUAUACUUAUUGUAAAUACGAAUGAGAGCUUGAGAUAAAGGGUCUAACUCUUAUACCUUGCAAACCCAGUUUUGCAUUUUAAAUUUACGGUAAAGAUAUUGAACUUACCACUAUAAAUUAUUCUUCUCUGUAGAGGUCACAAAAUCGCAAUGGGCACAGCUUAGGUUUUGUUCUGUUGUCAGAAUAAUAGAGCACAUAUGGCAGAGGUGUGUAUGUGAGCGGGUGGGUGGUGGAUGGGCGUAUGUGUGCGUGUGCAUGUUAGGCAGCAAAGUGUGAGAAUCUACUGAAGAAAACAAAGGUUACUCAAAAGCCAAACAGGUCUUUUUCUUCAUUCUGACUAUUACAUUAAAAAUCUAAAUUGCAGUCAGGGAAUAUGAGGGAGUUUACUGACCCAGGUAAUUGAGAAAGCAUAAAUCUGCUGGCUCUUUGUUGAGACUUCAAGAGAGUAAAAGGAGGGAAAUGUUACUGUGUUUUACUGGAAAUGUAAAAUCCUUGUGGUUUAGAGUAUUUGUUUUAGUAAGAAAAGUUUACACAGCUUGUGGAGAGUUAUUUUGUUGGAAAAUAAAUUUUUGUAGCUUCUCCACUUUUUCUACACUUCCCAGUUCCUCUGCAUUCCCACUCUGCAGCCAGCUCACUGCUUUUCCUUCACCUAAACUGUUGUGAUGCUGGUGAGAGCUUAGAAAAAUGACUGUGAAAAUACUGUUAAGAGCUUGCUAGAGAAAGUGCAUUGAAAUCAAAGGGAGUGAAGAGAGUUUGUUUUGCAUUGAACACCUGUUGCACUGGUAAGCGGGGGAAAUUCACUAUUAUUUUUGACUACAGGUUCCAUACCCUUGCCUAGUGUAAAAGCUGUUCUGCAUCACAUAUAGUCUUUGCAGUAACUGUAUGAAUGAAAUACUUUUUGUAUUUCCCUGUAAAUAGCACAUUAUAUAAAGACUGUAGUGGGAUGAUAAUUAAUUUAGCUGGAAGUUCUUUCUAUUUAUUAUUUUAAUUUUGGGAAUAUCAGCAUUGCCUGAUUUUGAAUAUCAUUUUAGUGAAAUGGAUAAGAUAUAUGGCAGGUGCAUGUUUUCUCCAGUCUCCUAUUCCAGCAUCCAAGCAAUUCAGUUUAACUCCCUUAAACAUACUCUGUCCUCCCUGUCCCUCUUGCCUCCCUGCCCCCUGAUGCUUUAUAUGCACUUUUUUACAAUGAUGUAAGAGUGUGAAAUUCUACUGUCAGGUAUCUGGCCAUUUCUCCUGUGCUGCUGACUGUUGUGGUUUUUCAAGGUUAGUAUGUGGCUCAAAGCAUGAACUGUGGGGAACACAAGGAAGAGGGUAUUUUUCUAGAAAUAAAAUUAUAAGCAUUUUUCUCAACAUCACUACAUGACAUUGUAGACAAAGGAAGUAUAGGUAAGUAGAUCUGUUGUAUUACUAAAUGGAUAUAUGAGAGUAUAAAAACAGUGGCUUUUGAUACAAGAGGAUUUUCAGGGUAUCAGUGGAAAACUAUGUUGAAAGACUUUGUUGUUUGAUUCAUAUCAGAUCACAUGUAAAUGGAAAGAGAAGUUAAAUGGGAAGAGAAGUUAAAAUGUCUUGCUCUGUGUCGCCUGGCUUUAGCUAUUUACCAGCUUCAGUGAAUGCUGUUGCUCCCUACAGCUGUUAUAUGGCAGCUGUGUCCUCCAAGAAGUUACCUAUGGAUUCCAUUUCAGUACCUUGACUUAUUAUUUUUUUUGCUGGUUUUGGUUUUGGGGUUUUUUUGUGUGUUUGUUUUUUCUUUUUUACUUUUGCUUCAGAGAGUGUUUGUUUUCCACCUUUCUUAAAGUAUUUUUUAAGGAACGUUUGGCAGAAUUUCAAAGCACUGAGUAGUGGAUGAAAACCAUGGAGUGUAGGUAGCCAUGUAUAGACAAAUAAAUGAGAAAAUAAAGAGCAUAGUCCAAGCCCUAGUAUUUAAGUAUGGGCUAUAUAUUGAUUUAUGGAAUAUAAAUAUCACAAAAUAAGGCAUGUCCUAAUCCAACUAAUGAAUCAUGUUUUCUAUAGUGCUGCUAAUUAUGUACAGACAACAUAGUAACACCACAUGUAUUUCUUAGGCAGACUCACUUAGUAAGUUUUUAUUAGCCUUGCUAAGAUACUUCCCGCCGGUUAUUGUUUUAUGAGUGACAAAUCAUGUGUAAUGUGAGCUUGUACUACACAUAUUGCAUAAUAGCACCUGCCUGCUGAGCACUACUUUGAAAAGCACUUUAACAGAAUUAUUUCAGUAAGAAGCUUUAAAAAUACUCCAACUGGAGGACAUAUCAAAGGUUAUUGUGAUGAAAUGUCUUUGCAAGUUUUGCCAAUAGAAAAUUUAAUUAUUGUUUGCAUUAGGAUACUAAUGAGUUCAUAUUUCUGUAUCUGGUUUCAGGAGCUUUGAAUCUGAGAAAUAGUAAAGGUCCCAGUGAGCUCCAGAGUUGUUUUAUGUAUGUGUGGUACAAAACAAGCUGUAAAAUUUCUAUUUAAAUGAGCUAAAAAGAUAAUAAAACCAGUGAGACAGAAGGAAAGAGAGAAAGAAAAAAGAGUUGUGAUACAUAGCUCUUGUCAGCUCUUGCUCUAUAUUUUUCUAAAGAAUUUCAGUAUAUGGAAGGAAUGGGAUACAUUUUUACAUUUACAUGUAUAUAUGUUAGAUGUUAACGUUAUUUUUGUAUGUCUUUUCAAAUGAAUACACAUCAGUACUGUUCAGCAGCCUGAGUCUAUCCUUUAUCAGUUGUUUAGUGUCACACAGACAGCAUGGAAGACAGAAUUCUUGAGGAGGGACUGGAGGGGGUGAGAGUAACAGUCUCCAGACCUGUUAAGGGACAGGACAGUGGGGAUGAAUAAGCAAACAGGUUUGUGCACAAAAGCAGCAUCAAGUAGGAUUUAAGAGCUGAAAGAAACUAUUUUUAAAUCUAUCCAUAAAUUACUGCCUAGAUAUUAAAAUAGUCUUCUAGAAUACUCAUAAAUUCAUAUUCUGUGUCUGGUAUCAGGAGUUCAAAAUUUGAGAGUUCCACAGUUUUUACUUCUCAAGGUGUAAAAUUAUAUAAUUUAUCCUAAGGAUUUGGCCCCAAAUAAUGAAGACUGAUUCUAAAGCCACAAUGAGUUUGAGUGGUAUACCUGGUUUCACAGAAAUCUGUAAACUCUUAAUCUGUAGCCCUUACUAUAAGUAGAGAAGGAAAUGAAAUUUCACUCAUCAAACCCUGAAUAAAAGUAGACACCUAUUUUUUACUUCUCCUUACAUAUCUGGUUACUCACCGUAUAUACAUACAGUUCCUGCCUGGGUCUAAUACCCUGCCCUUAACACUUACUGUCUUUUAUGAAUUUGUUAGUAAUUACCUUUUUUAAGCUCUGUUGGUUUGUAAAGUCAUACUUGCAUUCUGUGACACCUGCAGAGGUUUUAAUGUGAGCCAUCAUUCCCUUAGCAGUGAGUGGUCUGACUGCUUUUAAUCAGUGUCUAUCCAAAGUAAAAGGGUUAGUGUAAACCACCUCCUGUGUUAGUUACUAAAGCCUCUUAGAGAUUUUUUGGUUUGUGGUUACAUUUGGUCUCUGACUGCUUUAACACACCAGGCUGAAAGCUAUUUCCCAGAUGCUUUUGACUUUAAUUCUAUUCCAUCCAUGAAAAUAAAGCACAUUUCAAAAAACUUUAUAACAUAGUCUAGAGGAAGAACAGAAAAAUGAUUUUUUUUUGAGUGUAACAUUUCUUGUGUACAUUUACUUAUAUUUACUGCGGAUCUUUCACCAAAAUUUUAGUUCAUCUAUUGUCUGUAAAAUAUGUGGAUGCCAUUUUUAUUGUGAAUGUUUUUAAUCAAAUGUUAUUCAAUCAAAUUUAUUGCUUGGCAAUUUGUCUAUAAUUUAUUUCUCCACUUUUAUAUAACAAACUCUUAUAUAUGAGCUUACGGUAGUUUUAUAGAGUUUCUUUUUAUAACUUACCACCCUAGAGAUGUGUUCCUACGCAGCCCCAAAAAAGAUUUAUAUCAGAUAUAAUAGAGAUUAAGCUGGUUCUUCUAACUCAUCUGUGUUCUCUUUUCUUACUUUAUUCUUAGCACUUUUAUCUAUCAUGCUUGCCUAUUCUGCACUGAAUUCUAGCAGUACAAAAUUGGAUUUGCUCAUCAAUUUUUUUUAGUCAUGAACAAUUAAUUAAACAUAAAAAGAAGGUUCUUUAUGUUUUAAACUACCCACUCCAAAGUAAUUUCUUGUUGAUCACCAUCACCACUCUAUUUCUUACUGAAAUAUUUCCUUUUCCUUAAAAAGCAUAUGAAAUCCUAUGAUCUAAAAUUUGGUGGACUCCAUGACACUGAAACAGGAAAAAGCUGUGUAAUAAUUUCAUACUAUACUAGGCUGCCUAUUUUAGUAUCUUUAUAUUGACAAAGAUAAAUAUUUAGAUUUGGCACUAUUACUAAUCACUAUUUCUGCAAAUAGAGAAAAAUACUUUUCAGACUUUCUUAAAGACAAGAUCUGAUUGCACGCCUAAUUAUCUAUUUUGUAGGGUUAAUCUUUAAUUACAAUGAUAAUAACUUUUUUAAUUUAAUAUAUAAAUAUCUCAUAUAGUAUAAAUAUAUACAUAUAUUUAAUUGUGCUUCAGCAGUUGGUGCUGAAGCAUAAUGAUUCAGUGUGUAAAACAUUCUUAUCAGGAAAGUAAUCCUGUUAUGUAUUAAAAAUAUAUAUAUACACUAUCAGAAUUGUGACAGUGAGAAAGUAUUCCUACACUUCUAGUUAAAAUCACAGUAAGGUUAGAAAAGAAAAUAAAAAGGAAAAGAAAAGGAAAAGAAAAAAGAAAAGCAAAGUAAAAGAAAAGGAGAAAAAAAGAAAAAAUAAAAGGAGAAAAGGCAUAUAUCUAACUUUACUGAUCUGAUUUAGCCAAGCUUGCAGUCAAAGGAAGGACGCUGGUGCCUUUAAUGGAUGAUUUGGAGCAUCUUAAUUGAGUUUCUGUUCUGAGCUGCCUGAUAGAGAAGUCUCUCCCCUCCCCACCACCACUCCCCAGUUACCAACAGAGAUAGUGGCCUAAGGGAAACAGCUGAAGCUUUUCCUUUUAAUAUGCUAAGUGUUCUUUUAAGUCUAGGAGUUGACUUUUGCAGAAACAACUCUAGUAGUUAAAGUUCAGAUAUCAGUAAUAUUUUCAGGUGAAGUCUGGUCUGCAAUUACACUGGAAUCAAAUACAAGUCAGUCAUUUUUCUCCUCUCCUCUCCCCACCCCAGAAACUUCUCAUAUAAAAUCAAGUGAGAUCACCUUCUUGAAAAGCCUGUUAAUCAUUCAAAACUCAAGAAAUCUGGGCAGGUCUCAACAAAUCUUCCACUCAAAUUCAGCAAUCUUAAUUCUUUCAAAUUCAGCAUUGCAAAAUCCUGCUACUGAAACUGGAGGCAAAGUUCCUUACUUUACAUGCAUACACAAAUUUCAGUAUAUAGUCUAUGUGUGCUGAUCAAUGUUUACAGAAUUUAUAUAUUCUGCAAAAAGAAAAUGCUUUUUUACUAGCACUGACGUAAAGAUUUCAACAUGUACUUACAAUAAAAGACUAAUCCCUUUUGUUACCAAGUAAUUAUUUUAGCCAUAUUUAGACUAAAAAGACUGCAAUUUAUAGUAUGAGCUUUCAUGAUUCUAAAUAGGGUAUCUCACGUACUACUGAUGAAACAAAAUUACUUUAAAUCUUCUUUAGACACAUUGUGGUUAAUGUCAACAAGUGACCAAAAGUAGACAAGUAGUUGACAGGAAUUUCAUCCUCCUUUUCUGCUAGUGUAGGCCUUACAGAGGAUGUACUAGUCAACCGUGGCAGAAGAAGGGGCAUUUGUUUAAGAACAGUAGAAAACACAUAGUAUCAAAACAUUUAUAGCAAAUAUAAGUAAACCAAACUACUGAGAAACAGAAUUGUAUAAAUUGUUUUGAUUGUGACCAAAUGCAAAAGCACUUCUGACAGUAUAAAGACAAAUUAUAAAAGAAGCAUCACUCUUUUUAAUCCAACCAAAUAAUUAUGUGUGAAAAGAGACACUUUCCAGAAAAUGCUUUUAAAAACUGGAAAUUAAUAAGAGGAAAAAACUAAACACACACAGAUGUCAAUUUAUGUUUUUGAAUUGUACUUACCUUUUCUCUCUAAUUUCAGUGCUACUGUCAGUUCCAGCAGUACUAAGAAAAGAGAAUACUGUUCAAACUGGAACUGAAACAGAAUUUUCAAAUACAUCUAAUUUAAGAAAUUUAGACUACUAAAUCUUUGAGCAGUGUAUUAAGGCAGUUCUCAUUAGCAUGCUUCCCCAGUUUCAAUUUUCCUAUGAUUUUAGCUGGUGACACUUUCUAACCAAUGAAGAGUUAAUAUUCUUAGUUGUUUGAAAGGUGAUUUGCAACAUUUCAGAUGGUAUUAUGCAUUGUUUUCUGUCUUUCGAUAUAUUAAUCACAACUGUAGCCCCUUCUGUUGCAAAUGUUUGAUUUUAAAAUUGUCACUUGUCAGCCAGUCCAAUCGGCUAUUUCAGAACCAAUACAGUUUAUGCAUGGGAAGUUUGAUGUUGAAACAAUAUUUAUUUACAUUCCCAGAGUGAGAUGGUUUAAUAUAUUCAUGCUGCUAUAAAAGACAUGCUACAAAGCCUAAUCGUAUUUUGUGUAUAUACUAUGUGUACAGAGAAUCUUGCUUGUAUUAAAAUAAAAGAGAAAUGAGGUUCUAAGUAUCAAUUUAUAAAACAGUUCUUUGUAAAAUGUUAGUGUUUCGUGAAGAAACGUUCAUUUAAUGAAACAUUGCCUAUUGGUAAACCUCCAUAGAAACGACCUUUUCUAAGAUUCACAAUAAUAGUUCCCAUCUAUUUUUUUUUUUUGUUUGCAUUUCAUAAAGUAGCUUGCUUCCCCUCCCUAUACUUGCUGCACUAGAUAAGCAACUCGCAUGGGGAAAGACAGAGCAGACAUCAGUGUGAGUGAACAUACUUGUCAUUCAUGCACUGACCUCCUGUAAAUACAAAAGCAAAUGGAGACUUAAAAAUGAUGCUGCCCUUCCCCCAGACAUGAUUUUCUUUCUGCAACCUGUGGCUCUUUCCCAGCAGAACAGCUGGCAGAUUUUAUGGCUGCCAUAGCAACCCUGCCGUCAGCCCGUUGGCUUGGCAACGUUGCAGCACUGAGAAACACACUUUAUGUCUCAACUGUCCGUAGACACACAGAGGUAUUUUUUCAGGUGGCAUUCCUAAAUGCUUAUUUACUGUUCAAUUUAAUAAACUUUGCAAUAAAAAAUCCUA